UUCAGGAAGUUAUGGAAGAGCAAGUGCGGAGGAAAUCGACCAGUGGCGACAGUCUCCGGAGGGGAACACGGCGCGAUUAGAGCCGAGAGUGAUCAAGGCAGAGAGCAGGCAGCUAGAAGAGGCCAAAAGAGGACCCGAAACACGGAUAGCACAGAAGCAUCGAAGCACGGUGGAACUAGACACGAGAGUGAUCGAGGCAGAGAACAGCCAGUUACAAGAGGUCGACCGAGGACUAGAAACACAGACAACGUGGAAGCGGUCCCUGAGUCGGAGCAUGGUGAUACAGCACCUGUACUGGAGCAUGGCGCGACUAGAUCCGAGAGUGAUCGAGGCAGAGAACAGCCAGUUAGAAGAGGUCGACCGAGGACUAGAAACACAGACAACGUGGAAGCGGUCCCUGAGUCGGAGCAUACAGCACCUCUACUGGAGCAUGGCGUGACUAGAUCCGAGAGUGAUCGAGGCAGAGAACAGCCAGUUAGAAGAGGUCGACCGAGGACUAGAAACACAGACAACGUGGAAGCGGUCCCUGAGUCGGAGCAUGAGAGUGAUCGAGGCAGAGAACAGCCAGUUACAAGAGGUCGACCGAGGACUAGAAACACAGACAACGUGGAAGCGGUCCCUGAGUCGGAGCAUGGUGAUACAGCACCUGUACUGGAGCAUGGCGCGACUAGAUCCGAGAGUGAUCGAGGCAGAGAACAGCCAGUUAGAAGAGGUCGACCGAGGACUAGAAACACAGACAACGUGGAAGCGGUUCCUGGAGAGGAAAGUGAUGCCACUGCAACAGUGUUUUUUGGUAUAGGCACUGCACAAAGAAAAUCUGCCGUUAGUAUUUUGUUUCAGGCAGCGCACAAGGAACAGAUUCACAUAGGCGAAGAGGCCGACCGAGGGUGCGCCCCAGUGGUUUCGAGCGUCAAAGUAGACGUGAAGGAGAAUCAUCUUCAGAAAGGGCUGCUCGCCUACAGGCAGAUGUCCUGCAUCACCGACAAAGACGACGUAGUGAGCGAAGUGAGGAGAGGGCUGAACGGCAACGAGGUGAUGCAGAACGCCACAGUCGAAGGCGAGCUGAGGAAGGCAAUGAAGAACGGGCUGAACGACAACGAGAUGACGCGGAGCGCCAAAGUCGAAGACGAGCAGAAGAAACCGAUGAAGAGCGCGCUGAACGCCAACGAGAUGAAGCAGAGCGCCAAAUUCGAAGACGAGCUGAGGAAAGCAAUGAAGAACGGGCUGAACGACAACGAGAUGACGCAGAGCGCCAAAGUCGAAGACGAGCAGAAGAAACCGAUGAAGAGCGCGCUGAACGACAACGAGAUGAAGCAGAGCGCCAAAUUCGAAGACGAGCUGAGGAAAGCAGUGAAGAACGGGCUGAACGACAACGAGAUGAUGCACAAUGCCAAG